CCGUUUCGUCAUUCAACCAUGGCUCCUCUUCAAUCAUAUCAGGCGCCAACCCUAAGCUUCACUCCGACCCACUGGCCAGGGUUCACGGCCUCGACUAUGACCCUGACCGUUGAAUUGGUCGGUGUUUGGCUGGUCUGCCGCCCAAAUCUGGUGCAAUGCACACCUAAGUCAUAGGCCAGAUCAGGAAUGAGGCAGUACUGGGGGCUGAGCGAGCAUUACUGGAGCCUGGCCCCAUGCUGCUUUUCUCUUCUCUCCUUUUAGACCCCGUUGCUCCCCGCCUCGUCUCAUGGUUAGACCAUUCUGAGCACAGUGAAGGCAAUUGACUUUUUUUUCCAUAGGGCCAGCCAGCUGUGCAAAGUGGGAGCGUCGCCAUGUCUACAACAACGUCUUCGUCGUCUUCGCCUCAAGCUCCUAAGCAGAGCAAGAAAGCCAAGAAGCAACAGAAGCAGCAGAAGAAAUCUCAAAAUCCUUCUAGCGCACCGAAGGAAUCAGCCAAGGUUCUACUAGCCGAUACAAUUGGAAAGGCACUGCACGAGCGUCUCUUAAGUUUUGGUGCUCGUCGCCACCACAACCCCCAACAACAGCAAGAGCAUCAUGACUGGGAUACUCAUCUCGACAGCCGUCUGCUGUCCGCCUCUCCCUACCUCACCGUCCCUCACAUCCCUCGCACGAGCAGCAGUAGCAGCAGCAGCAGCAUCUCGCGGGGAUCUUCUUCCAUCACCCUUUCGUCAUGUGAUGGCAGGAGCGUCGCAUCCAGUCGCACCAGCCAUGAGUCCAAUCCCAUCGACAAGCCGUACAUGUCGUCCGUCUCCCUCCACAGCGACGUCCUUACCAGUCGCAUCGUCACACUCAACGGCCCCUGCACUAUGGAAACCAUCCAGCACCUCGUCUCACGAUACGGCCAAGUGUCGCACAUGGGGGUGCUAGACCCGAGCUACAGCCUCUUCGUCAACCGGUCGCGCACAGCAGUGCUAUGCUUCAAAGUGCUGAACAAAGUGGCCGUCGUGUCCGGCGACCCGAUGUGCGCAGCGGAGCAAUUCGGACCACUGCUGAGCGAGUUCCAAACCUACCGCAAAAGCCGUCGCCUGGGCAUCGCCUUCCUGGGAACCAGCGAGCGCAUGGUACACUACGCGCACCGCACACAAUCGCUGCACGCGAAGCAGAACUGGACGCUCCUGGAGUUCGCCAAGGAGCGCGUGCUCAACCCGACCACCAACGCCGUCCUGCUGGAACAGAGCGGCAAGCGCAUCGUGAUGCAGAACAAGCAGCUCCUGAACCCGAGCAAGGGGGGGAUCACAUUGGAUGUGUACGUACCACCAGAGCGGUCCUCCUCAUCCUCCGUCUCCGUCUCCACCGAGGGGGAACCCUCAAGCUCAAGCGAAGACCUCCAAUCGCAACUCCACGCCAUCUACACAAACUGGUGCGACCACCGCAACACAACAGCCACCACCACCACCACC